AUGCUUGGCAAGGCAGGCUUCAAAAUACGGCGUUUGUGUAGUAACAGGCCAGAGGUACUUAGAGAUGUUUCUGUGGAAGAUCGUGUGGCGAAUGUUAACAUUGAGGAGUCUGAACUACCUUGCAUGAAGGCGUUAGGAGUGCAAUGGAAUGCUGAGACGGAUAUGUUUACCUUCAAAUUGAACCCCCCUCAGGAUGUUGUCUAUACGAAGCGUGGGUUCUUAAAGAAACUAGCCAUGCUGUUUGACCCAUUACACAUGCUAGCACCAUUCACAGUUAGGGCCAGGAUGGCUAUGCAGGAGACGUGGCUACUGGGUUUAGGUUGGGAUGAUGAGUUCCCCAGUAACUUAAAGAAGAUGUGUCAAGAAUGGUUCAGUCAGUUACCUGAACUUUCUGGAAUCCAAGUUCCAAGGUGCUAUCAUGUUGCUGAGAAAAUUGUGGAAGACGCCUCUAUCCAUACUAUGGUGGAUGCAUCGUUGUUGGCCUAUGCUGCUGUAAGUUAUGCGCGGCAUAAAUAUGAAGAGGGAGAAGUGACUGUGCGAUUUACUGCAGCGAAAGCGAAGAUUGCACCUAUGAAGGCGACAUCAGUCCCAAGGCUAGAACUAAUGGCAGCAGUGUUAGGUCUUAGACUGGCGAGGAAGGUGUCAGAGCUGUUACAGAUACCUUUUGAGAACUGUACACUAUGGACAGACAAGAUCCAUCAGAAGUCUAGUCCCAGACAAUGGCGAGAUGUCCCCACCGAUUUGAACUGUGCGGAUGAUGCAACUCGCAGACUACAUGCGAAGGUGCUGACAGGUGAACAAUGCUGGUUUAGAGGAACUGAAUUCCAGAGUGAGCAUGAAGAUGCCUGGCCUCAAGGAAAAUGCACAGUGCUUGAAGAACGUUCAGAAAAAUGUCUCGCUGAGAUAGUCAAACCGAAGAUGACCUUUGCAAUAGAGAUUUCACAACCGUUGAUGAAUCCACUAAAGUAUUCUAGUUGGAACCGACUUAGAGGAGUCACGGCAUGGGUGAGACAUUUUGCUGAUUUGUUGUUAGCCAAAGUAAAGAAUAAACAAGGCGAACCUUUAGAUGUUGUUACCAGGAGCAGACUUACAUUGACACCAACUGAAAUAGACAGAGGUGGAAAACUGUGGGUGAAACAAGCACGGGAAGAAAGAUUUCCAGAAGAGAUAAAAGAUCUGAUUGGAGGAAAAGACGUCAGAGGACAGAACCACUUGAAACUCCUUACCCCUAUUGUGGAUGAGCUAGGUAUAAUGAGUCGGAGGGAGGAUUGGACCGAGCAGAACUAUCUUACGAUGCAGCACACCCCAUGA